GAUUCCCUGUCAGCCCAAUCAUUUCCACUCUUAUCAUCUUUACUCUCUUGUGUUUUUUCCUCGACAGUCAUUAAUGGAGUCCUUUUCCAUCAUCCUUUCAUCUUCUCCACCCUUCCAAAAUCACUCCAAAACCCUCAAAUCAAUUUCUUCAAACUCUAUUUCUCGACAACCCAAAUCUCCCACCAUUAAACUACCCUCUCACAACCCUCUCUCGAUCCUUCAAAACUCCCCUAUUUUACAAACUGUAGCCAAAACCCAUGUUUCUUUUACCUUAUUUAACCUCUUUACUUCUUUCCGUUGUCUUGCCGUCGCUGACACAGUUAUAUCCUCUCCCGAGCCUGGCAAAGUAAACCUUGAAGCAGUGUUGGUCUCGGUUGAUGAGUUUUUUAACAAGAAUCCAUUUUUUGUUGCUGGAUGCACUUUCAUUUGGCUUGUUGUUGUGCCUUUAACUAAACAGUACUUGAGUAAAUGUAAGUUCAUACCCGCCAUUGAUGCAUUUAGGAAACUUCGUGAUGACCCAAGUGCACAGCUUUUGGAUAUUAGAAAGAACAAGACUCUGGCUUCUUUGGCCUCCCCAAAUUUGAGUUUCCUCAACAAGGACACGGUUCAACUUCAGUUUACUGCUGAAAAUGAAGAUGGGUUCGUGAAGAAAGUCCUGGAGAAGUUUCCAAACCCUGCAAAUACUGUUAUUUGUGUUCUUGACAAUUUUGAUGGGAAUUCCUUGAAAGCAGCUGAGUUAUUGUAUAAGAAGGGGUUUAAGGAGGCUUAUGCAAUCAGGGAUGGAGUCAUGGGCAAGAAAGGAUGGCUGGCAAUACAGGAGACCCUUUUGCCACCUUCUGUACAUAUUACAAGUAAGAAGAAGAAGAAGGUCAAAAUUUCUAGAGGGUUCGGAGUAAACGGAGCAGUUGAUCAAGUUGAGAAUAAGAAAGAGGGUUCCCCUUCUACAAAUGCUCCCAUAUUAGAAAGUCAAACCAUGGAUCAUGAACUUACUGAAUCUAUGCCACAUGCAAAAGUUGGUUCCCACUCCUCUUCUCCUUACCCUAAUUACCCGGAUCUGAAGCCACCAUCUUCACCAACUCCAUCAAAACCAUGAGAAUGAUAAGCUGUCUGUGAGUAUCUCUGCCAGUGGUCACAUGCACUCAUCAUUAUCCAUUGCUGAAGAUCAUUCCACUUUUGGAAAGCAUACUUUUCAUUUUUGUAAUUACCCAUAUAAUUUAAGUUCUAUGUUUCUUAAAGAAACAUUCUCAAUUUUAUGUUAUACCAUGUCAAAUAAAUACAAUUUGAGGAUCAGAGUUAAACACAAUAGAGCCAAGUUACUUUUCAUAUAAAA